AUGACGAAUUUUAAUCGGAUUGUGCUCUCAAGGCGAAAUGUAAUUAAUCCAAUCAUUUUUACACGAGAAAGUAGUAGCUCGUUUAAUAUUGAUAUUGCGACGAAUGACUACGAAAGACGCACCGAAUUUGCAGCGGCGAAUUACAGAAAGAAUGGAAGACUGUUUCGUAUGGUCCUGCCACCUCCAAAUGUGACAGGAAAAUUACAUUUGGGUCAUGCGCUCACAGUUGCCAUCGAAGACGCGAUUUGUAGGCAUCGAAGGUGUCAAGGGGACAAGGCCCAUUGGAUUCCCGGCUUCGAUCAUGCCGGAAUUGCAACACAGGCUGUAGUUGAGAAAAUGCUCGCCAAAAAAGGAAUGAAGCGUCAAGAAAUGAGCCGAGAGGAAUUUCUGAGGCACUGCCAUCAAUGGAGUGAGAUAUGCUCUGUGGAGAUCAAAAAGCAGCUUUCAAAGAUGGGAGCUUCUUUAGAUUGGAAUCAAGCUUAUUAUACGCUAGAUGAUCAAUUCUCAAAGGCUGUCACAACAGCGUUCUGCACUCUACACAAUGAAGGGCUGAUAUUUCGAGGAAAGCGAAUUGUGCAUUGGUGUCCUUCUUUGGAAUCGACACUUUCCAGUCAGGAGGUUAAUCGAAUUGAAGCUCCCGAGAGUGGCAUUCUCACCAUUCCGGGCAAGAAUGGGAAUCGAUGUGUGCGAAUCGGAAAAAUGUAUAUGAUUCGCUACAAAUUUGUCGAUUGUGAAGAAUAUUUAGAAGUCGGAACGACGCGUCCGGAAACGCUUUUCGCUGAUGUCGCAAUUGCAGUUCAUCCAGAUGAUUCAAGAUUUUCGAAAUAUGUCGGACGAUCCGUUGAAUCACCGACGAACGCCGCGCACAAGUUGCCGAUUAUCGCCGAUUCAUCAGUUUUGCGCGACAAAGGAACUGGCGCCGUCAAAAUCACUCCCGCUCACGAUCCAUUGGAUUAUGAAAUCUGGCAAAGGCACAAGUCGACUAUUGAGCAUGACGAAAUUAUGUGCAUUGAUACUAAUGGAAUGAUGAUCAAUUGUGGGCCCGAGUUUGAUGGGCUGGACCGAUUUGAAGCACGAGAGAAGAUUGUUGAGCAACUAUCUUCACAUGGAUCUUGUCGGAUUACUGAUUAUAAAAAUGCACAAGUGAAUAUUUGCUCGAGAACUGGAGAUAUUAUCGAGCCAAGAUUAGCCGAGCAAUGGUUUUUGGAUUGCCGAGAAAUGUUUGAAAAUGCAUCGAAAGCUAUUGAGAUGGGAAAAAUCAAAGUGCACCCAAAAUAUCAAUCGCAUCGAUUAAUUGAUUGGUUUGAGAAUCAGGAGCCCUGGUGCUUAAGUCGACAAUUGGUUUGGGGACAUCGGAUUCCAGCUUAUAAAGAUUCGAAAGGGUAUGAUUUUGGUUGGGUCGACUGGGUGGUGGCUGAAAGUCGGAAUGAAGCUGAACAGAUGCUGGGAUCCAGCGACAUUCGACAGGAUGAGGAUGUUUUGGAUACAUGGUUUAGCUCUUCAUUGGUUCCGAUGGUCCGAAACAGGCCAGAAUCUGAUGAGCCUUCAUUGGAUGUGAUGGAGACAGGAUGGGAUAUUUCAGGAUUCUGGGUUGCGCGAAUGAUAGCUAUGAAUAUGAAACUUUCACAAGGUCAAAUUCCAUUCGGAACUGUAAUUCUUCAUGGUUUGGUUAGAGAUAGCGAUGGCCGUAAAAUGAGCAAAUCGCUUGGCAAUGUGAUUGAUCCGCUUGAUGUUCUCGAUGGAAUCUCGCUACAAAAAAUGAUUGAUCGAGUCAAAGAAAGUGCGUUGACAGACGCGGAAAUCGACCACGCGAUUGUUGAUUUGACGAAAAGGUUUCCGAAUGGAAUUGAUCGUUGUGGUCCCGACGCACUGCGAUUCGCCCUAUUACGAUAUGACGUUCUAUCAUCCGAUAUUCCGCUUGACAUUUCGACGGUUGCUCUAGAGGGACUUCGAUUUUGCAAUAAGUUGUGGAAUCUCGCCGCUUACUAUGAUCAAUUGGCGGCGAAAUGCGAUAAUUUGAAAGACGUCGACUCGUCGAAAUUAGUGGAUGAAUGGAUUAUGGCUCGGUUGGCAAGUGUCGUUUCUCAAGUCGAUGAGCACAUGAACAAUUAUUCGCUUCAUCUUGCUCUUUCGACUCUUCAUCAAUUUAUUACCUAUGAUAUUUGUGAUACAUAUUUAGAAACUACCAAACGCGCACUCUGGUCGAAUGAUUUGAAGCGAGUGGCGGAAGCGAGAACGACACUUCAGAAGGUGCUUCAGCCGACGUUCGUCCAGCUCUCAGCUUUUAUGCCGUUUGUAACAGAGCAUUUAUACGAGAGGAUAUUCUCAAGAGAGCCUGGUUCGAUUAAUUUUGAUGUUGUCAAGCCUGCCCUGUUUAUCUUCUACCGAAAUGCUGAGCUUGAAGAAUCGAUGAAGCUUAUCACCGCCGCCAUGUCGGCAGUUCGAUCGCUUCGAAGCAAACUGCAGUUGUCGUCGAAAAUUGUUUUUGAAGGCUUUCUGAAGUUUGAAGAAAAUGGUGGACUCUCACCGCGAGAAUUGCAUUCAUUAGCUAAAGACGUCACUCCUGUCUGUGGAUUAGAUUUGCGACUUAUGACGGCUGGAUCGGAAGUUUCAAAGGAAGAAUUUAUGGAAUGCCCGAUACCGGGACAUAAUGCAACGGUUUGGAUCAAAAUUGAGGAGAACUCAAAACCGGCAUUCAUUGAGAGUUUGAAUAGUCAAUUAGAAAAAGCACGGACACGGGAGAGCCAGUUUUCGGCAAAAGCUGAGACUUACGACGCGAUUUGUAAUAAUCCGACGACGAAACCGUCGUUUGUGGAGAAAAAUCGACGAAAAGCGGAGAAUGCACGAAAAGUUGCAGCGAAUGCGAGAGAAGAAGCAAAUCGAAUUGAAAAGAUUAUCAUGAAUCAAAAGUAG